GAACCGUCCACCACCACAACCGAACGAACUACGACUACAACUGAAGCUACAACCACGACGACAGAGGAACCGUCCACCACCACUACCGAAGGAACUACGACUACAACUGAAGCUACAACCACGACGACAGAGGAACCGUCCACCACCACAACCGAAGGAACUACAACUACAACUGAAGCUACAACCACGACGACAGAGGAACCAUCCACCACCACUACCGAAGGAACUACGACUACAACUGAAGCUACAACCACGACAACAGAGGAACCGUCCACCACCACAACCGAAGGAACUACGACUACAACUGAAGCUACAACCACGACGACAGAGGAACCGUCCACCACCACAACCGAAGGAACUACGACUACAACUGAAGCUACAACCACGACGACAGAGGAACCGUCCACCACCACAACCGAAGGAACUACGACUACAACUGAAGCUACAACCACGACGACAGAGGAACCGUCCACCACCACAACCGAAGGAACUACGACUACAACUGAAGCUACAACCACGACGACAGAAGAACCGUCCACCACCACAACCGAAGGAACUACUACAACUGAAGCUACAACCACGACGACAGAGGAACCAUCCACCACCACUACCGAAGGAACUACGACUACAACUGAAGCUACAACCACGACGACAGAGGAACCGUCCACCACCACAACCGAAGGAACUACGACUACAACUGAAGCUACAACCACGACGACAGAGGAACCGUCCACCACCACAACCGAAGGAACUACGACUACAACUGAAGCUACAACAACCACGACGACAGAAGAACCGUCCACCACCACUACCGAAGGAACUACGACUACAACUGAAGCUACAACCACGACGACAGAAGAACCGUCCACCACCACAACCGAAGGAACUACGACUACAACUGAAGCUACAACCACGACGACAGAGGAACCGUCCACCACCACAACCGAAGGAACUACGACUACAACUGAAGCUACAACCACGACGACAGAGGAGCCGUCCACCACCACUACCGAAGGAACUACGACUACAACUGAAGCUACAACCACGACGACAGAGGAACCGUCCACCACCACAACCGAAGGAACUACGACUACAACUGAAGCUACAACCACGACGACAGAAGAACCGUCCACCACCACUACCGAAGGAACUACGACUACAACUGAAGCUACAACCACGACGACAGAAGAACCGUCCACCACCACAACCGAAGGAACUACGACUACAACUGAAGCUACAACCACGACGACAGAAGAACCGUCCACCACCACAACCGAAGGAACUACGACUACAACUGAAGCUACAACCACGACGACAGAGGAACCGUCCACCACCACUACCGAAGGAACUACGACUACAACUGAAGCUACAACCACGACGACAGAGGAACCGUCCACCACAACCGAAGGAACUACGACUACAACUGAAGCUACAACCACGACGACAGAGGAACCGUCCACCACCACUACCGAAGGAACUACGACUACAACUGAAGCUACAACCACGACGACAGAGGAACCGUCCACCACCUCAACCGAAGGAACUACGACUACAGCUGAAGCUACAACCACGACGACAGAAGAACCGUCCACCACCACAACCGAAGGAACUACGACUACAACUGAAGCUACAACCACGACGACAGAAGAACCGUCCACCACCACAACCGAAGGAACUACGACUACAACUGAAGCUACAACCACGACGACAGAGGAACCGUCCACCACCACUACCGAAGGAACUACGACUACAACUGAAGCUACAACCACGACGACAGAGGAACCGUCCACCACCACUACCGAAGGAACUACGACUACAACUGAAGCUACAACCACGACGACAGAGGAACCGUCCACCACCUCAACCGAAGGAACUACGACUACAACUGAAGCUACAACCACGACGACAGAAGAACCGUCCACCACCACAACCGAAGGAACUACGACUACAACUGAAGCUACAACCACGACGACAGAAGAACCGUCCACCACCACAACCGAAGGAACUACGACUACAACUGAAGCUACAACCACGACGACAGAAGAACCGUCCACCACCACAACCGAAGGAACUACGACUACAACUGAAGCUACAACCACGACGACAGAGGAACCGUCCACCACCACAACCGAAGGAACUACGACUACAACUGAAGCUACAACCACGACGACAGAAGAACCGUCCACCACCACAACCGAAGGAACUACGACUACAACUGAAGCUACAACCACGACGACAGAGGAACCGUCCACCACCACUACCGAAAGAACUACGACUACAACUGAAGCUACAACCACGACGACAGAGGAACCGUCCACCACCACUACCGAAGGAACUACGACUACAACUGAAGCUACAACCACGACGACACCCACCGGAAUGCCAAUCACAUACAUAAAAAUUCAACUAAAACCGCAGAAACAUUUGGCGGGUAUACAAGCUGAAAUAGUAAGCGGAGGAAUUGGUGCACCUUCCGUCGUGCUGUCGAUCAAUGCCUCGUUGAGAAAGUACCACUUCUUCACGAAUGUUAUCGUUGACAUGAUGUGCUCCCCACCCGCAUCAACUGCAACGACAACAACAGAACAACCGUCCACCACAACUACCGAGGCAACUACGACUACUACCGAAGGUUCAACAACAACUACAGAAGGAUCUACGACUACUACUGAAGGUUCCACCACAACCACAGAAGGAUCAACGACUACUACUGAAGGUUCCACCACAACAACCGAGGGAUCAACGACUACAACUGAAGGUUCAACCACAACAACCGAGGGAUCGACGACUACUACUGAAGGUUCAACCACAACUACUGAGGCAUCCACGACUACAACUGAGGGUUCAACCACAACAACCGAGGGAUCCACGACUACAACUGAAGGUUCAACUACAACCACAGAAGGAUCCACGACUACAACUGAAGGUUCAACCACAACUACCGAAGGCUCGACAACUACUACUGAAGGUUCAACCACAACAACCGAGGGAUCGACGACUACUACUGAAGGUUCAACCACAACCACUGAGGGAUCUACGACUACAACUGAAGGUUCAACCACAACUACAGAAGGAUCCUCGACUACAACUGAAGGUUCAACCACAACAACCGAGGGAUCAACGACUACAACUGAAGGUUCAACCACAACAACCGAGGGAUCGACGACUACUACUGAAGGUUCAACCACAACCACAGAGGGAUCCACGACUACAACUGAAGGUUCAACCACAACAACCGAGGGAUCGACGACUACUACUGAAGGUUCAACCACAACUACUGAGGGAUCCACGACUACAACUGAGGGUUCAACGACAACAACCGAGGGAUCAACCACUACAACUGAAGGUUCAACCACAACAACCGAGGGAUCGACGACUACUACUGAAGGUUCAACCACAACCACAGAGGGAUCCACGACUACAACUGAAGGUUCAACCACAACAACCGAGGGAUCGACGACUACUACUGAAGGUUCAACCACAACUACUGAGGGAUCUACGACUACUACUGAAGGUUCAGCCACAACCACAGAAGGAUCCACGACGACUACUGAAGAAGGAUCCACGACUACUACUGGUGGUUCAACCACAACCACAGAAGGAUCCACGACUACUACUGAAGGUUCAACCACAACUACCGAGGGAUCUACGACGACUACUGAAGGUUCAACUACAACUACUGAGGGAUCUACGACUACUACUGGUGGUUCAACCACAACCACAGAAGGAUCCACGACUACUACUGAAGGUUCAACCACAACUACCGAGGGAUCUACGACGACUACUGAAGGUUCAACUACAACUACUGAGGGAUCUACGACUACUACUGAAGAAGGAUCCACGACUACUACUGAAGGUUCCACCACAACUACUGAGGGAUCUACGACUACAACUGAAGGUUCAACCACAACUACUGAGGGAUUUACGACUACAACUGAAGAAGGAUCCACGACUACUACUGGUGGUUCAACCACAACCACAGAAGGAUCCACGACUACUACUGAAGGUUCCACCACAACUACCGAGGGAUCUACGACGACUACUGAAGGUUCAACUACAACUACUGAGGGAUCUACGACUACUACUGGUGGUUCAACCACAACCACAGAAGGAUCCACGACUACUACUGAAGGUUCAACCACAACUACCGAGGGAUCUACGACGACUACUGAAGGUUCAACUACAACUACUGAGGGAUCUACGACUACUACUGAAGGUUCAACCACAACAACCGAGGGAUCAACGACUACAACUGAAGGUUCAACCACAACAACCGAGGGAUCGACAACUACUACUGAAGGUUCAACCACAACUGCUGAGGGAUCUACGACUACAACUGAAGGUUCAACCACAACCACAGAAGGAUCCACGACUACUACUGAAGGUUCCACCACAACUACUGAGGGAUCUACGACUACAACUGAAGGUUCAACCACAACAACCGAGGGAUCAACGACUACAACUGGUGGUUCAACCACAACAACCGAGGGAUCGACGACUACUACUGAAGGUUCCACCACAACUACUGAGAGAUCUACGACUACUACUGAAGGUUCAACCACAACUACUGAGGGAUCCACGACUACAACUGAAGGUUCAACCACAACAACCGAGGGAUCAACGACUACAACUGAAGGUUCAACCACAACAACCGAGGGAUCGACGACUACUACUGAAGGUUCAACCACAACAACCGAGGGAUCUACGACGACUACUGAAAGUUCAACCACAACAACCGAGGGAUCGACGACUACAACUGAAGGUUCAACCACAACUACCGAGGGAUCUACUACUGAAGGUACGACGUCGACGACCGAAGAAGGCUCCACCUCGUCUACUGAAGCAACGACGACUACUACUGAAGGUACGACGUCGACGACCGAAGAAGGCUCCACCUCGUCUACUGAGGCAACGACGACUACUACUGAAGUUACGACGUCGACGACCGAAGAAGUUUCCACCUCGUCUACUGAGGCAACUACGACAACUACUGAAGCUACGACCACGACGACAGAAGAACCGUCAACCACAACUACCGGUGGUUUCGUUAUUAGGAGGUCCAAGCUACGGAAACCUAAACCGGCGGUUAAGCUUCCUACGCCCACCGGAAUGCCAAUCACAUACAUUAAAAUUCAAUUAAAACCGCAGAAACAUUUGGCGGGUAUACAAGCUGAAAUAGUAAGCGGAGGAAUUGGUGCACCUUCCGUCGUGCUGUCGAUUAAUGCCUCGUUGAGAAAGUACCACUUCUUCACGAAUGUCAUCGUUGACAUGAUGUGCUCCCCACCCGCAUCAACUGCAACAACAACAACAGAACAACCGUCCACCACAACUACCGAGGCAACUACAACUACUACCGAAGGUUCAACAACAACUACAGAAGGAUCUACGACUACUACUGAAGGUUCAACCACAACUACUGAAGGAUCCACGACGACUACUGAAGGUUCAACCACAACUACCGAGGGAUCUACGACUACUACUGAGGGUUCAACGACAACUACUGAGGGAUCUACGACUACUACUGAAGGUUCAACCACAACUACAGAAGGAUCUACGACGACUACUGAAGGUUCAACCACAACUACAGAAGGAUCUACGACGACUACUGAAGGUUCAACCACAACUACUGAAGGAUCUACGACGACUACUGAAGGUUCAACCACAACUACAGAAGGAUCUACGACGACUACUGAAGGUUCAACCACAACUACCGAAGGAUCCACGACGACUACUGAAGGCUCAACGACAACUACUGAGGGAUCUACGACUACAACUGAAGGUUCAACUACAACUACCGAGGGAUCUACGACGACUACUGAAGGUUCAACCACAACUACAGAAGGAUCUACGACUACUACUGAAGGCUCAACGACAACUACUGAGGGAUCUACGACUACAACUGAAGGUUCAACUACAACUACCGAGGGAUCUACGACGACUACUGAAGGUUCAACCACAACUACAGAAGGAUCUACGACGACUACUGAAGGUUCAACCACAACUACAGAAGGAUCUACGACGACUACUGAAGGAUCCACGACUACAACUGAAGGCUCAACGACAACUACUGAGGGAUCUACGACUACAACUGAAGGUUCAACUACAACUACCGAGGGAUCUACGACGACAACUGAAGGUUCAACCACAACUACAGAAGGAUCUACGACGACUACUGAAGGUUCAACCACAACUACUGCAGGAUCUACGACGACUACUGAAGGAUCCACGACUACAACUGAAGGCUCAACGACAACUACUGAGGGAUCUACGACUACAACUGAAGGUACAACUACAACUACCGAGGGAUCUACGACUACUACUGAAGGAUCCACGACUACAACUGAAGGCUCAACGACAACUACUGAGGGAUCUACGACUACAACUGAAGGUUCCACCACAACCACAGAAGGAUCCACGACUACAACUGAAGGUUCAACUACAACUACCGAAGGAUCCACGACUACUACUGAAGGUUCAACCACAACUACCGAAGGAUCUACGACGACUACUGAAGGUUCAACCACAACUACAGAAGGAUCCACGACGACUACUGAAGGUUCAACCACAACUACCGAAGGAUCUACGACGACUACUGAAGGUUCAACCACAACUACCGAAGGAUCUACGACGACUACUGAAGGUUCAACCACAACUACUGCAGGAUCCACGACUACAACAGAAGGUUCAACUACAACUACCGAGGGAUCGACGACUACUACUGAAGGUUCAACCACAACUACUGAAGGAUCUACGACGACUACUGAAGGUUCAACCACAACUACCGAAGUAUCCACGACUACUACUGAAGGUUCAACCACGACUACUGAGGGAUCUACGACUACUACUGAAGGUUCAACGACAACUACUGAGGGAUCUACGACUACAACUGAAGGCUCAACGACGACUACUGAGGGAUCUACGACUACAACUGAAGGUUCAACCACAACUACCGAAGGAUCUACGACGACUACUGAAGGUUCAACCACAACUACAGAAGGAUCUACGACGACUACUGAAGGUUCAACCACAACUACAGAAGGAUCUACGACGACUACUGAAGGAUCUACGACGACUACUGAAGGUUCAACCACAACUACCGAGGGAUCUACGACUACAACUGAAGGUUCAACCACGACUACAGAAGGUUCUACGACUACUACUGAAGGCUCAACUACAACUACCGAGGGAUCUACAACUACUACUGAAGGUUCAACCACAACCACCGAGGGAUCGACGACUACAACUGAAGGUUCAACCACGACUACAGAAGGCUCAACCACAACUACCGAGGGAUCUACGACGACUACUGAAGGUUCAUCUACAACUACCGAGGGCUCUACCACAGGACAGUCGACAACAACCACUGAAGAAUCUACGACCUACGAAGGAUGA